AUGAGCCCUUCACAGUUACUUAGCCGGUUCCCUUGGGCGACGAGCCCCCUCAUCAGCAAUGCGCCGAUGCUCGGAAUAGCCACACCUCGCAUGGCUGCCGAAGUCACCAAGGCUGGUGGUCUAGGCUUUCUCCCUUGUGUGGCCUGUAUUGAACCCGACUCGGAGCAUGUCAACAGGCUUGCAGAUCACUUUGACGAGGUGCGGGCCCUUCUCGGAGCUGGUCACUCAUCUGAUGGCACACUCCUAGUUGGAGCAAGCUUCAUAACUAGUCAUAGCUCCAUAAGCUACUUUGAGGAGACGGCGCUGCCGCUCAUAGCGAAGAACCGCCCAGCAGCAGUGUGGCUCUUUGCCCCAGACGGUGAUCUCAAGCCUCACAGCAAGAUCAUCCCCAGCCUUAAAAGGCUCGAGUACCCUCCCAUUGUGUUUGUGCAAGUCGGAAACGUGGCAGUAGCCCGAGAGGCAGUGGAAGACGGCGCAGAUGUACUGGUGACACAGGGCGUUGAUGCCGGUGGCCACCAAUUUCGUCAGGGCUCGGGUAUCGUAAGCUUGGUCCCGGAAGUGAAGGAUAUGCUGAACAGAGAGUUUCCUGACAGAGGAAUAAGUAUCGUGGCUGCGGGAGGUAUUGCCGAUGGGAGGGGCAUCGCGGGGGCUUUGGCUCUGGGCGCCGAGGGAGUUGUAAUGGGAACCAAGUUCACGAUUGCGCCCGAAUCAAACUAUCCAGAGAUUCGAAAGCAAAAGGUCCUCGAGGCUGUAGACGGAGGUGUAUCCACGUUCAAGUCUACCUUCAACGACAGGAUAACUAAUAGCCCGCUCUGGGGACCUCUUUAUGAUGGACGUGCCAUCAUCGGCCCUAUUCAUGAGAAGUUUAUUGCAGGAGCGAGCCUGGAAGAAUGUCAGCGAAGUCUCAAGGAAGACUAUCACGAGGACGAGGCUCGCUAUAUCAUCAAUACUUGGGCUGGAACUGGCGUUGGGCUUAUUAACAAAGUACAGCCUGCAGGUGAAAUUGUUCGCGAGGUUCGCGAGGAGGCCAAACGUGAGAUACAAAGAGCAGCUGGCUUGGUCUAA